AUGAGCUGGAGAAAAGAGUACUUGGAUUUAGUUUUGGUGCCAACUGGUUUGCUGAUCAUGUGUUGCUACCAUCUCUACCUCCUGUAUAGAUGCCUAAAAUUUCCUGAGACCACUAUAAUUGGCUAUGAAAAUCACUGUAGAAGAGCUUGGGUUGAGAGGGUGUUGCAGGUUGAGGCAAAGGAGAGAGGUCUAUACCUAGCAGUAAUCAACAGCACUAUCACAGCAUCAACUUUCUUGGCAUCAACUUCUCUAGCCCUAAGCUCCAUAAUCGGAACAUGGGUUGGCAGCUCUUCUCAUAACAUCUUUCAAAGUAGUAUCAUAUACGGUAAUACUAGUUCAUCAAUGGUUUCUAUCAAAUAUAUUAGCCUGCUCAUAUGUUUCCUAGUGGCUUUUGCUUCUUUCCUUCAAUGUGUAAGAUCCCUAGUCCAUGCCAACUUCCUUAUUAGUAUGCCAAAUAGUAAUAUACCUGUGAGUUAUGUGCAGAAGGCAGUGAUUAGAGGAAGCGUUUUUUGGUCUGUUGGGUUAAGAGCAAUCUACUUUGCCACCAAUUUGCUGCUGUGGAUCUUUGGUCCAAUACCUAUGCUUGUAGCUUCAUUGGUUAUGGUGGUGAGUUUGAACACUCUAGACUCAAAUUCAACCCCGCUGCAUCAGUUUGAAUCAGCAUCAGAGAUUCAUACGCUCUUCAGGAGGAUUGGCAAGGAAAUAACUGCAGUUGAACAAAAAACUGUGCAACACAAUAGACAACAUGAUAAAGAAGGCAAAGAAAGCAAAUCUUCAGAUCAUACAAUAUCACCCCAAACAAUUUCAGGAUGAAAAAAAUAAGGGAGUACUUUCAUCAUGUGUUGAAGAAAGAAGAAACCCUUACAGCAGCAAGCAAGUUGAAAUUAAUCUAGCUACAAAUUGACUUGCUUCAUGAUAUGUAAAAAAACAUCCUAAAGUUAAAAUUCAAGAGCAUGUACCAUGGAAACACAAUGGUGUUGACAAUUC